UCAUGCUGCUGACGUCAGAUGGGCGCUGGAAAUCCAGUAGUGAUGAUGUUGUGGUUAUCCAUGCCGCCGACGCCGCCGUGCAUGAGCCUUAUCUCACAGCAGAGCCAGUAGACCCGCUCACCACGCAUGGAGUUGAGUGCAGACCCUGCGGUGGCAACAUUGGAGAUGUCGGAGACCAAACGUAAAGACGGCGAAGCCUCCAGCAGUGACGGCGACUACGAGAGCUUGCCACCUCAUGUCUCAAUGACUACCCACAUGACAGCAGGAGCCGUGGCUGGCAUACUGGAGCACACGGUGAUGUACCCCGUGGAUUCUGUCAAGACAAGGAUGCAGAGCCUGCAGCCAGACCCUAAAGCCGAGUACAGGAGUGUGUUUGAGGCUUUGAGAAGAAUCAUCCAGACUGAGGGCAUCUUCAGACCUCUGAGGGGCCUCAACAUCACCAUGAUGGGAGCCGGACCGGCCCAUGCACUCUACUUCGCCUGCUAUGAACGGGUCAAACGCUCACUGAGUGAUGUCAUUCAGAAUGGAGGCAACAGCCAUUUAGCCAAUGGUGUGGCAGGUAGCAUGGCCACUGUCCUCCAUGAUGCGGUCAUGAACCCAGCUGAAGUGGUGAAGCAGAGGAUGCAAAUGUAUAACUCUCCAUAUCGGGGACUCUGGGACUGCGUUCGGACCGUAACACGUACCGAGGGCAUCGGGGCCUUUUACCGCAGCUACACCACACAGCUGACCAUGAACAUUCCCUUCCAGGCGGUUCACUUCAUUACUUACGAGCUGAUGCAGGAACAGCUAAACCCCCACAGACAUUACCAACCUGGCACCCACAUAGUGUCGGGAGCAGCGGCCGGGGCUGUUUCCGCAGCAGUGACCACUCCACUUGACGUUUGUAAGACCCUCCUCAACACACAGGAGAACGUAGCGCUCAGCUCGAUGCACAUCAGCGGCCGCCUAACAGGAAUGGCUAACGCCUUCAGGACAGUGUACCGGCUUGGUGGUUUGCCAGCCUUCUUCAAAGGUGUCCAGGCCCGGGUUAUAUACCAGAUGCCUUCCACUGCCAUCGCCUGGUCCGUGUAUGAGUUCUUCAAGUACUUUCUGACCAAGCAGAAGCUGGAGCACGAGGCCGGGACUGGCCCGUUUUAACUUGAGGUGUGUUGGGGCAACUCACCGCAUCUUGACUGGAAUCAAUGCAGGAAGCAUCCAGUCUGAGGCUGAGUAUGCUCACCUUGUUUGUUUGUGUGUGUGUGGUGUUGAGUAAUAACCUCAGGUUAUUGUCUCAAAGGGAAGUCACUGUUGUAAAGGUGUGACAGACCGUGGCACUCCUAAUUUUUCACCUAUGUGUUUGCGUGUUUUCACCGUAACUCUCUAGAGCGGCAGUGUUGCACAAACAGAAAUGCUUCAGAAAUGGCUAUUCUUAAAGAAUAGAGACACACAGAAGAGUUAAACUUUGUAAGGUAUCUUUUUCUUCUUCCUCACACUCAUCGCCUGUGUUCACUCCAGACUCUUUUCUACAUAUGGUGACUGUAGGAUUAUGUUUGUCAUGACUGAUGUUUAUAGUUCUAAUAUGGGAACUUUUUUAUUUAUUUUACUAGCUUUCCAAGGCUCGUAUUUUAUCAAUGCGGAAGAAACACAUGGCUGUUUGCUUGUUUUAUUUCCUUGUGUAUUUAUAAAGAACUAUUACAAGACAUUCCUUAUUUUCGCUGCACAGUGAAUGGAACAAUUGCGCUUUCCAAGUGCCUCUUAGAUGUUGAGGGCUGCUUCAGCUUGUUUCUCUCUGAUUUUUGACAGAAAUGGACCCAGCAAAAUUUCCAUAUUUAUCCUUUUUUGUUUGUUCUGACUGCUAUCAAAAAGUUUAACCAUUCUGUUGAUUAAGAUCUCUAAUGGCUCCUCAAAACAUACUACAGGAACCGUGCUUCUUUCUAACCACGUCUUAAAGUCACCAGCCCAUGAAUUUGGGGUGUUUUUGUCUUUUAGUUGCAAAACAUCCUUUGUUUUUGUUUUUCUCGUGAGAGAACUGCUGUCCCUCUCAGCAUCAAAGGUGUGUAGGCCGUAACGGUCUGUUAUUUGCCUUGUUGAAGCGCAGCACUACAAUGCUCUUGAAUCACGCACAAUAAUAGUCUAAUUUUAAGAAUCUUGUAUGUUGCAGAGAGAAGGCAGCUUGUUUUUAAAUAUAUACAUGAAUAUAUAUUUUGUGAGUGACUAUUUCCAAGGAACUUCAUUAUGCAGGUCCAAAGAUGGAUCAAACUCUAAAGGUUGUUGUCCAGGAUGAUGGCCUUGUCGCAGCAUUUAAACACAUUUGUAGUUCAUAUUUAGCUUUUGAGUGAUCUAUUUUGUUUCUGUGACCUGUUGACCGUGUUACCUAAAGGGUGUGGAUUCUACAUUAAACAUUCUCAGAGCAGACGUUUUGCUGACACAUUCUGGAAAUGUGGUGUUGCAAAAUGAAAAAAAAAAAUCUCAGAUGAGUCUGCGUUAGUCUGUUACUGUAUCUGGCAGCAUCUUUAGCCAGCUAACCAGUGAUGUUGGGCACACAUCGCCCCCAUGAGACCAGUAAAACCUUGAUCAAAUCAGCCGGUUGGCAGCCAGUGCUUUUUUUUUUCCCCUUCCUUGUCCCAUUUUAGUCGCACACUUCCUGUGUGCGAGCCUCUUGACUACAGAGUGGAAAAUACAGAGCGUCGAGGCAUUCCUCCAGAUAUUGAUGCAGUCCACCAAGCAGCAAGAUUUAUUUGUUUUUAAUUAUACACUUUUUCCCUCUUUCACUGGUGAAGUUCAGAGAGUUCGUCAGAUUCAAAUGGUCACAUGCAACAGCAACAGAUUCAUUAUGGUUGUACAGUAGGUUAAUUGUUAACAUCCCAAAGAUAUCCAUUGUAUUCUAUGCAUCUUUUAAAACUAAACAUUUGCGGAAGCUAUGUGCCUACCGCUGUGAAAUGUGAAAGUAUAAUCUCAUACGUACGUGAAUAUGUUUUCAGACUUCUCAAUCCACCGAUUUUGCUCGCCAUUUUCCAUCCAAGUAGCAUAGCUUUCUUACAUGUUUGAGAGCAUCAGAGUCUCUCAUUUAGCUCUAGGGGCUUAUUUUCUUCCAAUGUUUGGAAUGUCACUGUGUUGAAAAAGGCUCUCUGCUUCAGCGUUGUGUUAAGGUUAGUACAUUUUCUGCCCCCAAAACCUUUCACUGAAUAACUAAAAUACUUGAGCAAAGGUUAGUACAGUGGGAGCAGUAUGCUAUGGGUCACAUUGAGGAUGGUGCAGUAACUUGGAAUGGAUAAAUAACAUUACCAGUUAGCGCUCUACACCUCAUUUUCACUCUUUAAUCAGGGGUUCAGAAUAUCUCAGUUAUUCAUGUGAACUUUAGCAGAAGAUGCAACAUGGAUUUCACAUGGCUGGAUAAGUAGCUGUUUGGUCAGCUUGAAUAUAAUAAUGGUAAUAAAAACACAUUAAUUAGAAUGGGUUAGGACAAGAUCAAAGAUUGAGCCUUAGUAAAUCUCUCUUUAUUCUGUUAUAAUCCCUAAACACAUAAGGCUAUUAUUAAAUUAGUUCAUUGCCCACACUGUGCUAGGAUUUUUUUCAGAUAGCAAUACUGAUCUAAGAUUAGAAAUUAGUAUUUGAUGUGUCACUUGGAUUAAUAGACUCCUCUGACCUACAUUUACUAA